ACGCCACCGCGUGACCGGGUUCAAAGUUGAAAGUCAAGCAGCUCGUCUGUCCUCGCUCCUCAGCAUGGCGGUCCUGGUGCUGCGAGCCUUCCGCGUGCCGGCGGCUCACCGGGGCGUCGCGUGCGGGCUGUCGGCGGCCCUCUCCCGCACGACACAGUCCGUGUUCCCCGGCGGACCGACGCCCUCUGCGCAGCCGGCGGCGGCGGCGGCGCGACAUUACAGCUCCGACCCGAAGGACGACCUGCGCGUCCGGUACCUGGACGGAGAGGACCACGGUAUCGUUGUUGUUGGGAUAAAUCGACCAAAAGCCAAAAAUGCCAUCAGCAAAAAUCUGGUCAAAAUGAUGUUGGACGCUGUGGAGGACAUCAAGAAGAACAACAAAGUGCGCAGUGUUAUUUUCUGUAGUUUGGUUCCUGGGAUCUUCUGUGCAGGUGCAGACCUGAAGGAGAGAGCCAAGAUGCACCAGAGUGAAGUGGGACCAUUCGUGUCUAAAGCCAGAGCGCUCAUCACAGAGCUGGGUAAUUUGCCAGUACCAACAAUUGCUGCCAUCGAUGGAGCUGCGUUAGGAGGAGGCUUGGAGAUGGCUCUCGCUUGUGACAUAAGAAUUUCUUCUAACACUGCGAAGAUGGGACUUGUUGAGACUAAACUCGCAAUCAUACCAGGGGCAGGUGGAACACAGCGUCUACCCCGGGCGAUUGGUGUCGCUCUGGCUAAGGAGCUCAUCUUCGCUGCCCGGGUAGUGGAUGGAACAGAGGCCAGUCGUCUGGGUCUCGUCAGUCAAUCUGUGGAGCAGAAUGAGAGCGGUGACGCUGCCUACCUCCAGGCCCUGGAGCUCGCCCGUGAGAUCAACCCUCAGGGGCCGAUUGCAGUCAGGAUGGCAAAACUUGCGAUCAACCAGGGGAUCGAGGUGGAUUUAACUACAGGUCUCGCCAUCGAAGAAGCUUGUUAUGCCCAGGUGAUACCAACUAAAGAUCGACUGGAGGGUUUGGCUGCAUUCAAGGAAAAGAGGCGUCCUCAGUUCAAGGGCGAGUGAGGGAGAGUUCUGCCUCCAGCUCUCACUGUUCCACUGCUCCAACAUAUCUAUGGGUGAAGCUGUACACGUCCACACAUUAAGCUGUACAGUAUCCGGGCCCGACUGCUUGCAGGACAUUAGGGUCGAUCACUUCAAGUGAAUUCACUGUGUUGUGGUCCCUGCUUGUAAUACUACAAUACAACCUCUGCAAUCUAAAACAUGAAUUACUCCUAUUGCUGUGCAGUGAGCAGCAGUUAGUCACUAACAGCAGCCUCCUCGACUAAUGAACUAAUCCAUAAAGCUCUGUGAAUGCUCCUGGGUAGAUGAGUACUGUGUCCAGAACAACAAUUCACUCUGUAUUAGAUUUGAGUCCAGUGGGUGGAGGUUUGGAUUUGACUGUUAAAGAUUUCUGACCCUGUUGUAGUAACAAGUGACGCAGAUCUACGAUGAACAUACAGACAAUAUCUAAGCUUCUUUCAUCAUCAUGCAAUGAAUGACUUCUUCAGUGAACAUGACACAUGGUCUAUGUGACUCCUAUAAUGACUCGUCUCUGUAUCGUCAACAAAAUCAUUAGAAAAGAUGGAAUAACGAGAACAUUUUACAUUUUCACAUCUCAACAUUCAAUGUCCUGGAGUCACAGACACCAAAUAUAUAGACUACAAGUAUACAGGAAGAAACGUGUUUCCACGGCGGAUCUUUAUGAUCAUAGAGGCUCUGGAGGCGUCACACACAAAAACACACACACACACAUGAUGGAUUUAUUUGUAAAAAUAUAUAUCUGUUCAGUGAUGGACAUGAGAAUCACUUCAUAAAUCUGUCAGAGCAGAUUACCCUUCAAAGUGCAUUGUACACAUAUUUUAUGAAAAAGAUAACAUGUAAUUUGCCCUACAAACAGCGACGUGCUCCUUCAACACCGUGCAUGUGGUCUCAGACUUUUUGGACCUAAUGCCUUGUGUUGCUGUAUACUCUCACUGAAAUGGUUAUAAGUCUUGAAGCACUUCAAAUUCAUUUCCUCUGAGUUGCCUUUUCUUCUCUACUACACUUUACUUUUUGUCCUCACUGAUUCAGUUGAAACCACGUGCAGGACUGUUUUUAUAGAAGUGCAAAUGAAUGAAUCCGUCUCAAUGGAGGAGGAGUGUGAGCAAAGCUGUUCCAACAUGAACUGUGUCUGUAAAGACAAAAUAAAUACCAUUGUUUCAUCUC